AUGGCCGACGAUGGCAUGUUCCUCAACUUCUCCGUCGACGAGACCAGCGCACCAUCAGUCCAUGCCGGCCCGAAGUUCAAAGGUGGGUCAUGGCGAGACCGCCUGAAGGCGAAGAGGUCGGCGCAAAGAGCUGGACGGGGUGAGGGCGGAGAAGGGCAGAGAAGAACAAACGAUCCGAAUAGCCUGCCUGUGUCACAGCGACGUGUUCAGUCUGAGGACUUUCCGGACCCUCGACCGACAAAGAGACGGCGCGAGAAUGGACAAGCGAUAGACUCAAGACGAAAUGAGCACAGACAGGGCACAUCAGGGCCCCGCGAGGUCAUAUCCUCACUAUUCACAUACAACCCGAAACCAUCGACCACGACCGAGGAGCUCCAGCCAACGAGUGGAGAAGAGAAGCCCACCGCUCCGUCUAACGCGCCUCUCAUUGACGGCAUGGACACAUUCACCUCCCUCGGUCUCACUCCAACAAUAGCAGCCCACCUGCUCACGAAGAUGAACCUGAAGACACCCACCGCCAUCCAAAAGGCCGCCAUAUCACAAAUGCUCAAAGACCCGAGUGACGCUUUCAUACAGUCCGAGACAGGCUCGGGAAAGACCCUCGCAUACCUCCUCCCACUUGUCCAACGCAUAAUGACAGUAAGCGCAGAGCAGAAAGAACACGCCGAAGACUCACUGCUGCUACACCGCGACUCGGGACUCUUUGCCAUCAUCCUCGCCCCUACGCGCGAGCUGUGCAAACAGAUCUCGGUCGUGUUGGAACGCCUGCUCGGCUGUGCGAGGUAUAUCGUCGCUGGUCACGUCCUGGGCGGGGAGAAGAAGAAGUCGGAAAAGGCUCGCCUGCGAAAAGGGCUCAACAUCCUGGUCGCCACACCCGGCCGGCUGGUCGACCAUCUGGAAAACACAAAGGCCCUGGACGUGAGUAAUGUCCGCUGGCUUGUCUUGGAUGAAGGAGACAGACUCAUGGACUUGGGGUUUGAAGAGGAUAUCACGAAGAUUGUGAAGAUGCUAGACCAAAGGAAGCAGGCACGAGAGACCAGGGGGACCCUCCACUGGCCGGGCUUGCCUCCCAAGAGGACUACGGUGCUGUGUUCGGCGACGUUGAAGAUGAAUGUGCAGAAGUUGGGAGAGAUCAGUUUGAAGGACGCGAUACUGAUCAAAGGGGACGGCGGUGAUAGUGGGACAGCAGACAAUACCGAGACGAAGGAGGCAAAAGUCAACGGCAACGGGACCGUGGACGUGAAUUCGGCCUUCCUGGCGCCAGCACAGCUCAAGCAGUCCUACAUUGUUGUUGCCGCCAAACUACGCUUCGUCACUCUCACAGCAUUGCUCAAACGCACCUUCGCGCGGAAAGGCUCAGUGAUGAAAGCGAUUGUGUUCCUGUCGUGCGCAGACUCGGUCGAGUUCCACUUCAAAGCCUUCACCACGGCACUCGAAGGUGGCGACGAUGCAGGACCGAAAGCGACUCCAGACGACUCCGACUCCGACGCCAACUCCACUAUCAAAGUCCCGCAAGCCACCAAAGCCGUCAAAGCCGCCCAUCCAGCGAAACCUUCUACUCAAGAACCACCUCCUCCAUCAGACCCUUCCGCCCCGUCGCCGACCUUGUCGUCGAAAUCAAACCCCCUGACACUCUACAAGCUGCACGGCUCACUCCCGCAACAGACCCGCACCGCGACAAUCAACGCCUUCACCCACGCUUCCACGCCCUCCCUCCUCCUCGCCACGGACGUCGCCUCCCGCGGCCUCGACCUGCCCAACCUGGAUCUCGUGAUCGAGUACGACCCGGCCUUCAGCGCCGAAGACCAUCUCCACCGAAUCGGCCGCACCGCGAGACUCGGCCGCGACGGCCGCGCCGUGAGUUUCCUCCUCCCCGGCAAGGAGGAGGGCUACGCCUCGGGGGUGCUCAAGGCAUCGUACAAACCCAGCGACGAGAGCGUGACCAACGUGUCGAGCAUGGACGCAGACGACGUGUUGAAAAAAGGUUUCACCCCCUCGUCCGGGGUGAUUUCGACCAAGAAGACCCGGCGGGACGCGAAAAAGCAGCCCCGGGGGCGGGAUCCCGAGAAGGCAGCUGGCGAUGGCGGUGUCGACCUUGACGGCGCGGACUGGCGCACCCGCGCCACGAACCUGCAACUCGCGCUCGAGCGCUUCGUCCUCGCCACGCCGGCGACCAGGGACCUCGCGCGCAGGGCGUUCCAGAGCCACGUUCGCGCCUACGCCACCCACACGGCGAGCGAGCGGAAAUACUUUGACAUCAAGGACUUGCACCUGGGCCAUCUGUGCAAGGCGUUCGGGCUGAGGGACACGCCGUCCGGCAUGGGCGUGGGACGCGGAAAAGGCGCGGGAAAGGGCGGAAGAAGGGCGGUGACGAUGACGACGGCGACGACCGGCGAAGGGACGCGUGCGGGUGGAGGUGAGAAGCGGAAGCGAAAAAGAGACGACGGAGGAGGGGUCGAUGAGACGGGCGAUGUCGACGAGGCGGCCCGGAAGAUGAGAGAGAAGAUCAAGAUGAAUAGGAAGAUGAUGAUGGGUGGGGGUGGUGCCGGCGAGUUCAACAUUGCUUGA